CCCAAAAAUUAAAUGAAAGAAAAAAAAAAUAUCCAAACGAGUGUAUCCUUCUUUCAAAUUCUUGUUCUUCAGAUCUGAUAAAAAGUGUUAAAAAACACACUCUCUUUCUAAAAUUUGUAAAUUUUUCGUUCUUUUCAACACGCUCUUGUUAGGGUUUCCAACAUUCACACAAUUUUCAAUUUUCAAUUUUCUUUUUUCCUUUUUCGUUUUUUAAAUUGCUCCUUGAAUUAAUACCUGUUAUCAGCGAUUCCGAUGUCGGCUUCCACCGUGUCUAUCACGGCGGCGAAUCCAGGCGCGCGUCGGAGACCCAUGAUCGUUACCGAGAAGAAAACCACCACUAAUCUUGAACUCCUUGCCAACGACGUCGCCGCCUCUCCGGUUGCUGUCACUUCCGGCAAUGUCGACGGCAAGACUCCAUCAGCCGCCGGUAAUGGCCGAGACUUGAGUCAUCACUCGAUCCGCGGAGAGGCCGUCCUCUCCAAGGAGUUGGCUCCGGCAACGAAGAGGACUGCCGGCGGGAACUCUACUGCGGUUACUCCGCGGAGGGUGAAGAAGUCUAAUGGGAAGUCGGAUAAGCCGCGGUGGCUCACCGUGGCGAGAAUCUUUGCGAAACAAUUCGUGCUCCUGGCGAUGCUCGCUGGGUUGGUUCAGUUGUUUAGGUGGUAUGUAUUGAACUCCAGCGAAGGCGUUGUUGGAGGGUUCGCUGAGUUGUCGGAAUACGAGGGGAGAAUUUCGGAAGUGGAGAGUUUGUUAAAGAAGACGGCAAAGAUGAUUCAGGUGCAGGUUGAUGUGGUGGAUAAGAAGAUUGAGAAUGAGGUUAGAGGGUUGAGGACGGAAAUGGAUGCGAAAAUUGAACAAAAAGGUGCAUUCUUGGAGAAUGAGUUGAAGAAAUUGGAGACUAAGGGUGAGAAAUUGGAGAGAUAUUUGGGUGAAUUGAAGAUAGAUGAUUUGUUAACAAAGGAGGAGUUUGAGAAAUUUGCCGAGGGUUUGAGGAAUGUGAAAGGGAAUAGUUAUGAAGGUGGUGGUUUAGAUGAGAUUAGGGAAUUUGCAAGAAGCGUGGUUGAGAAGGAGAUUGAGAAGCAUGCUGCUGAUGGGCUUGGGAGGGUGGAUUACGCCCUUGCUAACGGUGGAGCCACAGUUGUGAGGCAUUCGGAGGCCUAUGAUAUGCGGAGGGGAAAUUGGUUCUUGAUGUCUGUCAGAAAUGGUGUUCACCCCAAUGCUGAUAAGAUGUUGAAACCGAGUUUUGGGGAGCCCGGUCAGUGUUUUCCAUUGAAGGGUAGCAGCGGGUUUGUUCAGAUAAAGCUACGUGCUGAAAUCAUUCCUGAGGCUGUCACCUUGGAACAUGUAGCAAAGAGUGUCGCAUAUGAUAGGUCUAGUGCUCCCAAGGACUGCAGGAUUUCUGGUUGGCUGCAGGGGCGCAAUACUGAUUCUGUAAUUGAUACAGAAAAGAUUUUUCUUCUGUCAGAGUUUACAUAUGACCUUGAGAAGAGCAAUGCUCAAACUUUUGAUGUGUUGAAUUCAGCAGGUUCUGGUGUUAUUGACACGGUAAGGCUUGACUUUACGUCAAAUCAUGGAAGUGCUUCACACACCUGUAUAUAUCGCUUAAGAGUUCACGGUCACAAACCUGACUCGGUUUCUAUGAUGGCAAUCCAGUCAUAAUGCAUCAUUUGUUUGUUUGAAAUUUUAUCAAUGUUUGUGUAAUUGCUUAGUAUUAUUUGUUCAGAUGUAGGUAGGAAUUCAUGGAUUAAAUAUAAUAGAUGCAGUCACUUGUGGUCCUUGUUAGUGUAUUUAACUUAUUGCUGCUUCAAAUGGAUUAUGUAUUUAGUGUAUGAUUUCUGAAUUAGGAAGAUGAUAGAUUUCACACUUUUGGGUAUCACCAAGGUUUACUAGUUUCUUUUC